AUGGUAAGACAAGGAAAGAGUCUUGGUGCUUCUUCUAAUUUGUCUGUAACCACCACAGUUAAUAUCAAUAAUACAACGACAAUAUCAGACUCUCCUCCAACAACUUUAUCCAUAUCUUCACCAACUAAUAUUGGCAUUUCCGAUAAUGUAAAAACCAUUGAUCAUCGCAGAAAACGUAUUAUUUCAACUUUAAAAGAAUGGAUUGAAAAGAACAAGAAGAAGCGUGGUGAUAACAAUUUUAGUCUUGCUGAAAGUAUCGACUAUAAUGUUAAUGUCACUGUCGAUCCUGAUACAGCUAUUAUUCGAUGUGGCUGUGGAGUCAAAUCAACCUUACAAUUAGCUUGUGGAAAUUACCGGGUAUUCAACUAUUAUCGUCACCUCAAGACAAGAAAAUGCAUAAUGAUGAAAAGUAAAUGUUCACACACAACUGAAGAAGAAAAUGACGACUUGAUGGAUCAAACUGAGGAAAAUUUGGCAGGAAAUUUGGACGACGUUGGAUUGUCCCCUGACAUAUUCCGUAAAAUCGCCGGCUUUGACAGCAAACAAUCGUUAGCAGAUUUAUCAGUGAACAUGCAAACACUCAAAACAAAUUACGACAAAGAGGUAGACCCAAAUUCACAGUUGCCAGGAAUCAUACGAGUAUUCUCCAGUAUACCACUUGGUACCACCUGUGCAACCUACGCUGCAAUACAGCUCUGGGAUAUCUACACGGAUGAUAAAAAAGCGGAAAUAACCUGGGACGCCACUGGCAAUGUCGUUCAGUCUAUAGCACAUCAAAAGAAAACACUUUACUAUGAAACGACAAUCGCACAUCCAGUAAAACGUGCCACUUCUAUUCCGUUAACGUUCCUGCUCAGCGAGGUGCAAAAUCAAAAUAAAAUUACACAAUGGCUCAAUAACUUUAAAUUUUACUACAAGACAGUAUUUCCACAUAAACAAUUUCCUAUACCACAGCUGCUAGUCAACGAUCGUGCUCAAGUAUGUCAAGAUUCCGCUGCGCAUCGAAGCGAUAGGCUGAACCAGAUUCUGUUAGAAAUGAAACCAUUACGAAAAAACCGACAGACACAGACUCAAACUCCAUCUCUACUUCAAUCAGACGAACCGUCAACAGCUUUGACUCCGCGAGAGAAUUUCAUAUCAUCAUUCAAUCGGUUGUACAUGCCUACCGCACAUUUGUGGAGUAAUGUCUUACUCGGGGAUCUUGGCAGAUAUCAACUGGACACGUCGUCGUUAAAUCGUAAUGAAAUUCAUACUGACAUCUUUCGCAUUCAACGUACUACCGGCACAAACAAUAAGAAAUUACCUCUCCGGCAUCAGAAGACAGACGAACUUGAUUACCAGCAAAAUUUGAUUCGUGCAGCGUUGUGCUCAAUGACUAUUCAGUCAGGAGUUAAAUAUUAUAAACGUGGAGCACAUUUAGUAUGUAUCGACGACCUUGCGUUUGUAAUGGUACAAAUAAUCGUUGAAGCGCCAAACAAAGUUAAAGAGACAGAGGUACUACUGGCACUUCAGGGUUUGCAAGACGCCGUGACUCAAAUGACUAGUCCAAAUAAUUCUAUGCCUGUAAUCACAUAA